CGAGCUCUGCCAAGUGCGCCUGCGCAUGAACUGCGCGGGAAAAGGUGCUGCCGUGGUAGAACGCAAGCGGAGAGAUGUCUGUGAGGGAGCCAGCGGCAGGCCUUCCCAGGCCCGGGAGGGACGAAGAGGCGGCGCUGCUCUUUGAGAGGGCCCAUUACCGGCACGACCCGCGCUGGCUGCUGCCCGUGCCCCCACGCCUCUGCCUGGCCUGCGCGCUGGAGCUGCUGCCAGAGCCUAGCGUAUCGCUGGUGCGCAAGAAGCACGUGCUGUCCGGCUUCCGAGAUGCUCUCAUGAGGCAUGCCUCCCUGGUCAUGCAGCUGGUGGCUCAGGAUCAGAGAGUCUGUGUCCACUUCAUAAGCAUGCUUUUCGGACUGUUAUGCAAUGUGGAGGAUGGGAGUAUAACAGACCUCUGUAUUGAAGUCCUUAUCCAGCUUACAACUCAGCUGAAGUUGGAGCAGACCAUUCAUUGCCUGCUGUAUGAGUGUCACAAAGAGCUGUGUAACAUGCCCUCCAUGCGAGGCAGCCUGGCCACCCUGACCCUUCUCGGCAAGUUGGUGGAUGCGAUCCCUGCUCUGGCAGACAAGCUUGUGAUGGAGCACAGUGACCUGAUGGAACAUCUGUUGAGAGGUUUAGUAUACCCCAGUGAGGGGGUGCAAGCUUCUGUCUGCUACCUUUAUGGGAAGCUGUACUCCUCACCAGUUGCAGCCGAGAUGCUUUUGGGCCAUUUCCGGGAGAAACUGUGUCCUCUCUUCCUUUCCACCAUGGAUGGUGCCCAGACAAAGGAGCUAAAGAUCAACUGCUUGGGUUUGCUGAGGCAGCUGCUGAAGUAUGACCUCUUUGUGUCCAUGAUCAUGAACAAAUCUGCGCUGGUGGAAAGUACUGAGAGUGUUGAGGGGCCACCAGGAGAGACCUCACUGCCUUUGGUGCUCAAAAAGCUUCUCCUUUCCAGAGAUGAGACUCUGCAGGUGGCCAGUGCCCACUGUAUAACUGCAGUACUGGUCCACUCACCAGCGAAGCACGCCCCAGCCUUCAUCCAUGCUGACAUCCCAGAGUUCCUCUUUGAGCAUCUUUCCUCUUCCAGUGAAGUGCUUGUCUGGUCCAGCUACAACUGCUUGAUACUUCUGGCAGAAGAGCCACUCUUCUUUUCCAAGUGCCACACGGUGUACGGGAUCGAGUCAGUGGUGAGGAGCCUACAGGGAAUCCUGAGGAUGAACAACACCGAGCUGCACAAGCAGGGCCUGCUGCUCUUUACUCAGAUCCUGACUCGGCAGCCAGAGGAGAUCAAGCUGUUCCCAAGCUCAGCCCUGUGCAGAGAUGCUGGCCGUGCCCUCCAAGAGGCAGUGAACAGCCCUGUGCUGGAGGUGGCUGCUGAGGCAGUGAAGGCCAUUUCUGCCUUUCUGAGGAAGGAUCAUCAGAGUGCUCUACCUGUGCUGUACAAGGAGCUGCAGGCCUUGCUCAAAGCCAUGCUGAGCCGGUGUGCAGAUUUUUCCCAGAUCCCGUUGAACUGGAGGCCCCUGGGCCAUGCCUCCAGUAGAGAUUCGGAGAAGACCAUUCUUCGAAGAGGAAGCUUCCUCCUGAGCACUCUGGAGGGAUUUAGAAAUGCCUGCAGGUUGGCUGUGGAAUUCCAGAGCGAGCCUUCGGCCCAGGAGAAUCCGUUCACAGCUCCCAGUGCUGAGAAAGAAGACACCUUGGAGGCCUUCUCAGAAUUUCUUCUCAGUGCCUGUGACUCCUUGUGUAUCCCCAUGGUGAUGAGGUACUCGGAACAGGCCACUCAUCCAGCCUUGAUGGAGGUUUUCCUCUCAGUUCUGCACAGCCUUUUUGUCAUCGUCCCCCAUAUGAAGGAGGAAUUCUCCAAGAAGCUUGCUGCCUCAUCCUUCAUACAACUGACCCUGGAACUGAAGGCCAGGUUCUGCAGUGGCCUGAGUCACUCAGCCCUAAACCAGGUGUGUUCCAGUUUCCUCUACUACAUGUGCAUCAACCUCCUCUCAGCUCCAGAGAAGACAGGACCACCUUCCCAAGAAGAACUAUCUGCAGUGUCUGAGCUUCUGCAGCAUGGGCUGCCCCAGAUAAGCAGCAGGAGCCCUGAAAGCCUUGCUUUCCUGUCGGAUCGCCAGUACGUGGAGGGAGCCACUCGCCAGAGACAGUACUGCAUCCUGCUCCUCUUCUACCUGGCCUACAUUCACGAGGACAGGUUUGUCUCAGAGGCAGAGUUAUUCAUGGCUGUGCGAAGCUUCCUCCUGUCUCUGCAGGACCAGGGUGAAUGCCCUCCACUGGUGGUCUUCAGAGCUUCCAUCUAUCUACUUGCAAUCUGCCAGGACAAAGACGGUGCGCUAGAUGAGGCUGUGGUUGGCGCCAUCAGAAAAUUACUAGAGGGCAUCCCGGACCUGCACCUAGUGUACACCCACCACCCCCUCCUGCUCAGGUUAUUCCUGUUGUAUCCAGAGCUGAUGAGUAGGUUUGGGCACCGUGUCCUGGAACUUUGGUUCUCCUGGGAAGAGAGCAUCUGUGAGGAGCUGGAUGAUGUCGCCUCUGCUGGGCAGCCCACCCUUCCCGCCAGCUUAGCAGCCCUGUUUCAUGUGCUCAGAAGCAGCCCCAGCACCCUGCUCAUUUUGCUGGACCUCAUCUAUUCCAGUCCAGUGGACACAGCCCGCAAGGUACUGAUCGUCCUGAGGACCUUUUUGAGGAGGAAUGAGGAUGUCCAAGUGGGUGGUCUCAUCCGAGGCCACUUCCUGCUGAUCCUACAGCAUCUGCUGGUGGAACAUGGGUCCUCCCCAUCAGAAGCCUCGGGGAACCUGCCUUUGCUGCUGAGCCUCCUCUCCUUAGUGCAGCUGAGAAACGAGUCAGAGCAAGAACUGGACAGCAUGGCCAUGAAGCUUCUUCACCAAGUGAGCAAGCUGUGUGGGAAAUGCAGUCCCACUGACACGGACAUCCUGCAGCCCUCCUUCAACUUCCUGUAUUGGAGCCUUCAUCAGACCACGCUGGGCAGUCAGAAAAGAGCUGCUGCAGUGCUCUUGAGCAGCACGGCCCUGAUAGAGCUUCUAGAGAAGACGCUGGCCCUCACCUGGGCUGAGGAGGGCUCUCCCAGGACCGAGCUCCUCUGCUCCGCCUGGCUGCUCACUGCCUCCUUCUCUGCCCAGCAGCACGAUGGCAAUCUGCAGGUUCAUCAGACACUGUCUGUGGAACUGGACCAAGUAUUGAAGGCCCUCAGCUUUCCGAAGAAAAAGGCUGCGCUGCUCUCAGCUGCCAUCUUACGCUUCCUGCGGACAGCCCUGCAACAAAGCUUCUCCUCUGCCCUGGUUGCUCUGCUGCCCUCAGGGACCCAGCCACCGCCAGCCCCUGAGGACACUGUCCUGGCUCCACUGGGAACAUCACAAGUGCUGUCCCUGGUCAUCGGACUGCAGAACCUCCUGGUUCAGAAGGACCCUCUGCUGUCCCACGCUUGUGUAGGCUGCCUGGAGGCCUUGCUUGACUACCUGCAUGCCCGGAGUCCAGACGUCGCACUCCAUGUGGCCUCCCAGCCCUGGAAUCGGUUUUUGCUAUUUACCCUCCUGGAUGCUGGAGAGAAUUCCUUCCUCAGAGCUGAGAUCUUGAGGCUCAUGACCCUGUUUGUGCGGUUCCGGAGCAGCAGCAUCCUCUCUCGUGAAGAGGUGGGCCAUGUUCUGCAAGGCGCAGCUUUGGCUGACCUCUCUACCCUCUCCAGCACCACACUCCAGGCUCUGCGUGGCUUCUUUCUGCAGGUCCAGAGCAUGGGCCUCCUGGCUGAUCAUAGCAUGGCCCAGACCCUGCAGGCCUCCUUGGAGGGUCUUUCCCCCAGGGCCUCCACGGCCCAGCCGCCCCUACAGGACAUGAUCUGCCUGGGAGGAGUGGCUGUAUCCCUGUCCCACAUCAGAGACUGAUCUCAGGACCUGAAGGCCCAGAAACAGAACUGAGACCUGGAGAAGACAAAGUCAGGGCACACUGGUUUGGGGGAAAUGGAUGACAACUGCAGCCGUGCACCUGGAGCCAUUUACUCCAUUGUUGAAAUAGGAAAUAGUGAUAUACUCACAUGCCUGUGUGGGCUCUCCAAAAACAUUUCCCUUUGGACUUACUUUGGCUCCCUCCAGCUGGUUCCUCAGCCAGGAUGGAUGGCCUCAGGGAGAGAAGGGGAGGGAUUUGUUCUGCUAACACCAGCUGGUUACCUCAGUUGAAGACGUCAGUCAGGCCAUCCUUGGGGCAGAAGGGGCAGAGAAAGGCCAUGUGUUUGGUGCUGCUGUGGUCCAAGUGCUCUGGGAAGUACAUUAACUGCUGCUUCACCUCAGGUGAAAGUGGAGAGAGGUACAAUUUCCAGGCAAGGAAGGUGAGCAGGUCAAAACCUCAGCCUUCCUAGCUGAGGGAAACUGCCCAGCUCAGCUCUUCCCUGGCUAAAGUAGGUCCCCAGUGUUCCUUCCUCUCCCGGCCCUCCUCAGAGCAUGUAUUUGUGCACACACGUCUUUCAGUGUCUGCCCUCCACAACUGCCCACACGUGUCCUGAGCUCAGCUCACCAGGGCCUUUAACUCCCUUCCUGCCUAUCUGCCAGGGCCCCGGUGCCUGUACUUGGCUAGCCCUUGGGUCUGGCUGCACUGACCCUACGCAAAACUGGGCUGAACUCCGUCCUAAUGAUAGGACAGGGAAGGACCCCACGAACUUGGGUUAGAACUUGGUGGAUCCGAGGGGCGAGCAGGGUAUGCCCCAACUCUGCACUCCACGUUACUUAAAAAGAAAAAAGUGUUAGCCACGACCCACUAAACUGAUCUUGACAACUGCAGUUUAAAAAACACUCAGCUGGUACCGCCCAGGUGGUCCAGUGUCUAAGACUCCCCGCUCCCAAUGCAGGGCGCCGGGGUUUGAUCCCUGGUUAGGGAAGUAGAUUCUCACAUGCAACUAAACAUCCCACGCGCCGCAACUAAGACCCGGUGCAGCCAAAUAAAUAUUAAAAAAAAAAUAAAAAACACUCAGCUAACGAAACAGUUUCGGGGAGGGCGCUGGGGAGGCCGCCCAGCCUGCAGGGGACAGGGCCUCAUUGCUGAUGCGUCCGACACACACCGCAGGCUAUUUCCUCCAACCACACCUUAACGCGGCAAGUGCGCAAGCCGCCACGCAGGGUGGGCGGGACCGAACUCCCACGGACCUUGGGCAGGGCUGGUGCUGGAGCCUACUGGGCGGGGCCGGAAGUUAGGUCAAGGAGCGGCAGUCGCGGCCCGCGAUCUUUGGGUGGGGGCGGCGCUUGGCAGUUCCUGCGAGGCUUCUCUGGGACACUGAGGUUCUGCGCUUCUGCCGGUCGUCUGCGGACCCUCGAGGCGAGGUGCACGCUGACUCCUGUCCGCCCGCCCACCCACCCGCCC